AUGUCCAGCCCACAUACCAUGAAAGUAGUUUCUUCAGCCCAUGUUGAAAGGGUGCGGGAAUUGAAGGAAAAGGACCUGCUGCGAUGCGACUGGCUGCGCGACCGCGUGCAAGCCUGGAAAAAAGAAGUCAUUGAACUGAACGAACUUGGAGAAGUCUUUGAUUGCGUUGAUAUCUACCGACAACCAGCUUUUGAUCAUCCGUUGAUGAAGAACCAUGUGCUGCAGAUGAAGCCAAGCUCUUAUCCAAAAGGUUUCCCCUUCAAAUAUUCAUCGGCAGCUAAUACUACAAAGGCACAACUAGGAAGGAUUCCAUGCCCUGCAGGAACUAUUCCAGUAUUACGAAAUAAUAGUGUCGAACGCUUGCCACAAGAUUUUUCUACCAUUUUGGGAGGCCAGCUGGCCAUAAUCUCAACAUCAGAUAAAAUUUAUGGAGCACAUGCAUCAUUUAGUAUAUGGAAGCCAGUGGUGAAAGGAUAUGGAGAUAUUAGUGCAACAGUCAUGAACGUGUUAAAUGGUCGCCCUGGAGAAGAUCUGGAGGGGAUUGGUGCUGGUUCAUUGAGGGAAUUGCAGAAUAAGCCUUGCUUUGACUUGCAAUGUAAGGGUUUUGUGCAAGUCGGGAAGUUUGCUCUUGGACAACAAAUUACGCCAGUUUCAGUCUACAAGGGGAAGCAAGUUGCAUUAACAUUUCUCUUGUUUCAGGACCCAAAGACUAAAGAUUGGUGGUUAGUAGUGGACGACAAGCCUGUAGGAUACUGGCCAAGUUUUCUUUUCACGAACUUGAAAGGGAGAGCAAGCAUGGCAUCUUUCGGUGGAUAUGUUUGGGGCCCAACAAUCAAAAAACAACCGCCGGAAAUGGGGAGCGGACAUUCCGCAGCGGAAGGAGAACUCAGAGCUGCGUACGCGAGAAAUGUCAAGAUCGUAAACAUCGAAAACCUACUCACCGAUCUGGAUCGCGAGAGGACAACUUGUCAAGCUACUAAACCAAGAUGCUACAGUGUCGAUGCAUUUGACUAUAAUAGUGAUGGUGCACACAUGUUCUAUGGUGGACCAGGAGGUAGGUGUGGGUAUUGAUGGUUUGUAUUU